AAUGAGGUUCAAAUUCUGGGGUAGAAAUAACAUUCCUAUUGAUGUCAAUUCUUUUCAAAUUAUGUUUCCUUUUAAUCAAAUAGACUGUGCCAUCUCGGCUAGACCACAGCCAUGGCGGCACCUCUCUUUACUACAGCGCGAAACUACCGCAGCAUCUUCGUCUUUGCCGGGAGCACUUACAGGAACUCGCUUCAUCAAAAUCUCAGCUUUUCUGUUAAAUUCAAGCCCAAACCCUUCAAUUUCUCCUCCCAUCCUUCAAGGCUCAACAUAAUAUCUGCAAAAUCCACCUCCACACCCACAGGAACUGAUUCACAUGUUGCGAGUGAGGAGGCUAUCAAUGUGUUGGAGAAUGUGGAGGUGUGUGAUUUGGGAGGAAAAGCAGUUCCUAUUUCUGAUUUGUGGAAAGAUAGAAGAGCCAUUGUUGCAUUUGCCCGUCAUUUCGGUUGCGUGCUUUGUCGCAAAAGGGCUGAUUAUCUUGCUGCACUAAAGGAUAAAAUGGAUGAUUCGGGUGUGGCACUUGUCUUAAUUGGACCGGGCAGUGCUGAUCAGGCGAAGACAUUUGCUGCACAAACUAAAUUUAAAGGAGGUAAGCUUAUUAAGGAUUUGAAUGGCUUCUUCUUCUAGUUGUUUCAAUAAACAAUAAAUUGUUAUUGACCCAAAAGAGUAUUGUUAUGUACAAGGUCAUUGGGUCACACCACAACCAAAACUCAUCAGACAACACUCUUCACAAGCCAUCCACAAACUGGCUCCCAAAUUAUCUUUGGUUGGCAGUCUAUUCUGAAUGCCAAACAAUAAAUGAAUUUUUUUGGAGGAAUUUGAUUCUUCUUGAGUUUCAGAUCCACGGCAUCCAUGUUCUCUUAGUAUAUUAGCCCGAAGUAAGUCAUAUACCUUUCCGGAAGAGAGAAAACCAAUGCAUCCGUAGCAAACAAAUGUGAUGCCAUGCCACUUUAUAAUGCAAAUUACUNAUAUGAGGCAUUCGGAUUCGUGUCUGGCAUUUCAACCACAUUCACUGCUAAAGCCGGUUUGAAAACCAUACAAGCGUACAUGGAAGGUUACAGACAGAAUUGGGGGAUCUCUUUUGAGAAAGACACGCGAGAACGAGGCGGUUGGCAACAAGGUGGAAUAAUUGUUGCAGGUCCCGGUAAAACUAACAUAUUGUACAUCCACAAGGACAAGGAAGCAGGAGAUGAACCACCAAUAGAGGAGAUCUUGAGGGCUUGUUACUCGCAAACUACUCCCUAAUUGAACUCUUUCACCUGCACCAAAAACUCUCUUUAUUAGAUAGCUGCUCCCCUACAAGCUUGAGAUUUGGAUCCAUG